AGGGGCCAGCUCGGAAGGUGUUGGAAGCCGCGUGAAGGACUUGAGAAGUUCUGUGUGCAGGAGCCAGCACACAGUAUUCAAACGACAUCAAAAAGUUUUCUACAAAGAAAUCUUUAUAAGUUGAGAGACUAUGCAAAGGCCAAGGAAAAAUGAAUAUAUAGAAAUCGCUAUCACUAUAUAGUCUAGGUCAACAAGAAGUACCUCUUUGUUCACAGAAAACAAGAUUAUCUUUCUGUUUCAUGAAGAAGAUGAUAACAGCUGGGUUACUGUUAAAGAUAUCUGCGAGAAGACCACAGACCAAUGAGUAGAAUCAAUAAGAACGUGAUCUUGGCCCUCCUAACACUGACAAGUUCUGCGUUCCUGCUGUUUCAGCUCUAUUACUACAAGCACUAUCUGUCAGCCAAGAUCUCUCUUCACCAUACUCUAAGCCUUGGGAGGCUGACCUCUGGACUGCAUUAGCUGAGCUCCCUUGCCUUUUGGGUUCCAGUUGGGUUCAACCAAUGGGAAGCAUCAGCUGGAGAUUGGAGACUAGGAAGAAAAAGAGAAUGGAACUGGCUCAUCAAAAUCCAAGGGAAACCGAAUUGGAUUUGAUAGCACACAGUGGCGUGCAGUUAAGAAAUUUGUUAUGCUGACAUCCAGCCAAAAUGUGCCAGUGUUCCUUAUCGACCCUUGGAUUCUGGAAUUGAUUAAUAAAAACUUUGAACAAGUGAAAAAUACUUCUCAGGGCCCUGCUUCAGACUGCAGGUUCUUCUGUGUUCCGCGAGACUUCACUGCGUUUGCGCUGCAGUAUCACCUAUGGAAGAACGAGGAUGGCUGGUUUCGGAUAGCUGAGAAUAUGGGAUUUCAGUGCCUAAAGAUUGAAAGCAAAGAUCCUCGGCUAGAUGGAAUAGACUCACUUUCUGGAACUGAGAUCCCCCUGCACUAUGUUUGUAGGCUGGCCACUCACGCCAUCCACUUGGUGGUGUUUCAUGAGCGGAGCGGCAACUACCUCUGGCAUGGUCACCUACGACUCAGAGGUCACAUGGACAGAAAGUUUGUUCCUUUUCGAAAGUUACAGUUUGGUCGUUAUCCUGGAGCUUUUGACAGGCCAGAAUUGCAGCAGGUUACUAUUGAUGGGCUAGAUGUGCUUAUUCCAAAAGACCCAGGACACUUUCUAGAAGAAGUGCCACGCUCCAGAUUUAUCGAGUGCAGGUAUAAAGAAGCUCGGGCGUUCCUUCAGCAGUACCUUGAGGAUAACACUGUGGAUGCUAUGGCCUUUCGGAAGAGGGCGAAGGAGUUGCUGCAACUAGCAGCCAGAACGUUGAAGGAAUUGGGAGUGCCCUUCUGGCUGAGCAGUGGAACCUGUCUAGGAUGGUAUCGGCAAUGCAGUAUUAUCCCUUAUAGCAAAGAUGUCGACCUAGGAAUUUUCAUACAAGAUUACAAACCUGAUAUUAUUUUGGCAUUUCAGAAUGCGGGACUUCCACUCAAACACAAGUUUGGGAAGGUGGAAGACAGCUUGGAGCUCUCCUUUCAGGGACAGGAUGAUGUAAAGCUUGACAUUUUUUUCUUCUAUGAAGAGACUGACCAUAUGUGGAACGGAGGCACUCAGGCCAAAACAGGAAAAAAGUUUAAGUACUUGUUUCCCAAGUUCACACUGUGUUGGACUGAGUUUGCAGACAUGAAAGUCCACGUGCCCUGUGAAACAGUUGACUACAUUGAAGCCAACUAUGGUAAGACCUGGAAGAUUCCUGUGAAGACAUGGGACUGGAAGAGCUCACCCCCAAAUGUUCAGCCCAAUGGGAUCUGGCCUAUUUCUGAGUGGGACGAAGUUAUCCAGUUGUACUGAGAAUACAAAGUUAAGGAGGCACAUUUCCCAACAAGAAGAUGGGCAGCUGUUCAAAGCACCCCUGUCUUUUUGCUGCAUAUGAGAGCCAAAGAAGAUAAAUGACAAGUGGACCAUCUAAUCAGCAGUCGUUCUACAAUUUCUGAGGAGUUUCUACACCAGGUGAAAUACUAGGUUCUGGUGGAUAGGGAGAGAUGAACAAGCAAAUGCUGCCUCUCUCCUGUCAUGUUGGUAAGCAGUCCAGUCUUCUUUUAAGGGAAUGUCCCCCACCCUCUGAAGAGCUGGUGUACGUUACGAUGUAUUCCAAAAUGAUUCUUAAAAUGUUGAGUGGUGUUUAUGCUGGGAAGUGAGCUCAUCAUUCAAAGCUAAGGCGGAGUACAUUAGUUAGGAAUCAUUCAUUCCUGACUGUCCUCUGGAUUUAGGCUGCUGCGUCCAUGCCACUUUUGAGAUUGUGGAAUGUGAGUUAGUACUUCAUGGGUCAUCAGACUUUAUGUUGCAUAGAGAAAGAUAGUGGCAGACUCAUCUUACAAGCAUUUCUAUCACAGUUGGCUUAAAACACAGGGCGAUUUAUAAAGGAAGAUGAGAGUCAAUUUCAAGCCUUGUCAGGAUGCAUAGCUUCAUGUUUGAAGUGAGAAGUUGAUGCCUACGUGAGGUUUAUGUUUCCGACGUCAUAGGAACAUCUUCUCUGGCCUGCAGUAGAACGUGCUGAUGAGUCUCUCAGGCAUGCCGUCUGAAAGCUGUGACUUCCCAAGGCUUACUUUCCUUAUUUCAGUCCCAAUCACUCUUAGAUUUAAAAAAUAGGAGUAAUUCAUGGAUAUUUUUUAUUUUCUGAACUUGGAACUCUUCUACCCUUUAUUUUAAUGUUGACACUAAAUACUAAUAGAUACACCUCUGAGGUUUCUAAAUAGACCCUUUAUUUAUUUAUCAACAGUAGCUCUGUUUCUUUAAUAUAUAGCCUACACACUGAUUUAUUUAAAAUAAAGAUACGACUGUUGUUCUCUCCAAUACUGCUUCAGGUUUCCAUAAUGAAGGCUUAAUGUGAACCUGGUAACUCUUCCUUGUUCCAGAUCACUGCUUUUAAAGCCUUUGUCCAUCCCUAGAUUUUCCUUCUGAUGAGUGUAAUAGUACAAGGCUCAGACUUCCUUCCUUCCAAGUACUAUACCUGCUGGACCCUUGACCUCCUUCUUCUUCACAAAAUACACUCGUGAGUAGGCUGGGUUCGCUGCACCCUUCUCUUUACCUGUCCUUAAGCCAUGUGCUCUAAGUGAGAUAUGCAGAGGAGUCUGGUGCAGUAAAUGCUGCCUGGGAGAGGAGGUUCUCUACUCUCUGCUUAAGGAUGCUUCCCAUGGCAGCCUGACAGAUUUCCCUUUGAAACUAUAGUUGCUAAAAUGAAAACCAGAAUGUCUAAGGGAAUGAGCUGGCAGAGUUUAAAAAAAAAAAAAAAACUUGAGAAGUCACUUGAAGCCACCCACUUCCAAAUUUCAAAAUCAAGGUGAAAGCUCUUUGGUAGACAAUAAGCAACAGUCUGUGAGGCUGCAUCCUCCAUGCAGGGAACUGAGUCUCAUCAUAACCAUCAUAAUCAGAUGUUCAGAGACUUUUGUAAUUAUUAACAAACGUGUCCCCAAAUUACAGGUCAUAAACAGUUCUUUCCUAGAAAAUAAGUCCACAUUCUGUGUACCCACGAUUUAGGUAGCCAACCCUAAUUUCAUUUUUUUGUGAACCAGAGAUACAGCAUAUGAUAAUAGUGUUCUUGAGAAACCCCCUAUCUGAGCCCACUGGGUUGUACUCAGUAUCCAGAAGCAAGUGCACUCACAUUGUGUUUCUUGAGAGCCCUCAUCUCCUGCCAGGGGAGCCGACCUACUCCUGCUCAAAUUGCUUUGUUUGUAUCCAUCUUUGGAGUUCAAGGUUGGGAAGUGUCCAGAGGACAAGCUAUCAGAGGUUUCAUAUAUUCUUUCCUACACAGAGGACAGCUAAACAUCUUGUCUUCCCUCUGAUUGUCUUUAGUGUUGGGGUUCCUUUCUACCUUGGAGAAAAUGAAAGCCUUUCCCAGAAUUUGAAGGCGAGGCCUGCUUUGGAAAAUGAUCCCAUGAUUCAGUCACAGUGAAGCCUGUGCUUCUUAACCUUUGAACUCUGCUGAGUGUCCAGAGACCUUGGGUUAGGUGUGCUCACCCCCUGUACCUUCUCAGAUCACUUUUCAUUCCUCCCUGAAUAUGCCAACUGUCCUUUUAUAUGACUACUUUCUGGUCUGAUUGCCUGGUUUACUUGAAGAUAUCUUUUCUGUUAACUUCUUGGUAGUAAUAUAACCAAGGAUGUCUCCAGAGAGACCCUGAGAAGCAAACACUUCCUCAGUUUGCAACAGCCAGCUAUGUUUCCAAACAUGGAGCACAUGCCCUGCUCUUGGCUGCCUUAUUGACAUCUGGUCACCAAGAUAAAAUAAUAGUAACCACAGCUGGCCGUCUAAGAAUAGCUGAGCCGCUAGAGAACGGGCUUCUCAGAUUCCCUGGCUAGCCUGCAGUGUGGCCACUGUGUACUUAGUGAAGCAUUCUUUCUGGCCCUCAUUUCUCAGCUGGUUGGUAAUCCCAGGAAGGAGCGAGCUGAGGAGAACAGCUGAGGCCACGAUGCAGCAAGCGUUCUGUGACUUCUGGUCUGCUGCUGUCUGCAGACCUGAGAUCAGUUCUCAGUGCGGCCUCGAUGACACCUGACUCCAAUGUCUCAGGGACGUGCCCCUUGGGGUGCUCCUGCCAGCCCCCACUGAAGGCCUCGGGUGACAAAAGACGCUAAGGAGGAAUGUUUCUUUCUUGUCCAGAAUUCUUAAGCUACCUUCUUACCUUUAUCUGGAAAAAAAAAAAAAGCCUUAUCUACAAAAAAUAGGACAGUUUAUGUCUGAAGACAUCAGCCUGUGUUUCCUGACUCUUGAAAUGUUUUAAAGGGUACUCUGGUUCAGGGCUAGGGUUAAGUACUUAUAAAAUGUACCGUUUCCUACUUCCUGUUUCCUUGGUAAUCAUUUAAAUUGUAGGUGAGGAUGCACUACCUUCUCAGAAGGUUGCAUGACAGAAGUUGCUUAGAAAUAAAAUUGGGGGUGGGGCACUGAGAUGGCUUAGUGGGUAAAAGCCCUUGUCACCGAAGCUGACUUGAGCUUCCCCAGGACCCAUCUAGUGCAAGGAGAGAACUGAUUUCCACAAGUUGCCUGUGACUCCUGCGCGUAGGCUCCAGUGUGCUUGCAUCUCCUCUCCAGCACACAGGCAAAUGUAGUGAAACAGCCUAUUGUGUCUGCGCAGUGCAGCUCAGAUUAUGUUGUUUAUGAACUGAGAGUCAUUGCCGUAUUACCUCCACCUGUAAACAGAGCUGCAUUUUCAUUAAGCUGAUCAAGCUGCUGUCUUCUGAUAGUAUCCAUGUACUACUGUUUUCUUUUAAGCCCGGCCAGUUUGCGCUCUGAUUUGGUGCCUGAUCUGCUAUGGACUUGCUUUUCAGUAUUCUAGUUUUGGGUGGCAAACAUCACCGUAUGUACAGAUCUGCAGAACCAAAGCUUUGGAGUGCUUAGUUAUUCUUUGCCUACCCUGGAUGGAGAUAUGGAUAGUGGAGACUUCUUGCCCAGCGUGUGUGAAGCCAGGGUCAGUACAAAUCACAAGAAAUCUGAGCAGAAGGGUUACCAUGUUCAAGACCAGCCUGGGCUACACUGUUAAGACCCUGUAUUGAAGGAGGAAGAAGGAGAGAAGAGAGACAGAGACAGAGAAAUGAGAAUAUGCUCAUGUCAAUCAUCUGCCCACAGAUUUAUGUUUUUGUCUAAGCUAGGCAAGAAGCAGCAGCGUAUGUCAUACUGUUUUAAGUUACUUCACAUUAGAGCAAAACACUAAUUAUAGUUAAUUGUAGGCAAACAGACCAAUUCAGUGUUUAGUCCUUUUGUAUACAACCAGUAGGCAAAUAUAAAUUUUCUGAGAAUUUUUGUUUCUGUCCCCUCAGAACACCUAGGCUAGAAUUUGUCCCUAUAAUUCCUAUACCCAACCUAAUAGAAUUUUUCUGAGGGCCCACACAGCUAUCCGAACUUCUUCUGAGUAGCUUUCACAGAAGGGAGUGUAUAGGAAAGCUUUGUCACAUAAAGUAUCCUGCCAUGCACUUUAAAGCUCUACAACCUCUGACAAUUUGUUCAAAGCAUGAAAAUUAUUAGUUCAUGAGUUUAUUGAAUGCAAAUCAUGUGUAACUCUGUCAACAUAUGUAUGACUAUGAAACAUGUAUGAAUUUUCUAGACCAUCUCAUGUUUUAAACAUGGGAUUUCAGUGUAUGCAUACCAGUUUCCUACUUGGUUUUUGUCUUCGGGUAUAGUUCAUGGUACUACUGAAAAGACUUUUAAUAUUAUUACUCUGACGAUUUGUAAUAUGUGAUCUACUUUGGGAUGAUUAAUAAAAUUUUUUAAUCUCU